AUGAGUCUGAGCUCGGUGCCCCGCUCCCUGCGGCCCAACCAGGCCUCCCCCUCCGCGGGCCCGCCAGCGGGAUCCCCUGUCGUGGAGCUUAACGUGGGAGGUGAGUUGUACACCACCACCGUGGGCACCCUAAGAAAACUCCCGGGUACAAAGCUGGCAGAGAUGUUCUCCAGCUCAGCUAAGGCCUGCACGGACGCAGAGGGCCGCGUCUUCAUCGAUCGCCCCGGCACCUAUUUCGGACCCAUCCUGGACUACCUGCGUAGCGAGCGGCUGCCCACGCACCACAUCCCGGAGGUGUACCGCGAGGCGCAGUUUUACGCAAUCAAGCCUUUGGUCAAGCUCCUGGAGGACACACCGCAGAUCUUCGGGGAGCAGGUGGCCCGGAAGCAGUUCUUGCUGCGGGUGCCAGGCUACAGCGAGAACCUGGAGCUCAUGGUGCGCCUGGCGCGCGCCGAGGCCAUGGCGGCACGCAGGUCCCCGGUGCUGGUGUGCGCCGUGCGCACUGAGGAGGAUGCGGCGCACUGCGCGGAUGCUCUGCGGAUCCUGGAGGCCGAAAAGAGGUCGGUUGUCAAGUUCGGCCCUUGGAAGGCGGCCCCGCAGGUCAAGGACCUCCUCGACUGCGUGAAGAUGGACAUUACAGCCCAGGGGUACCAGGUAUACUAUGAACCGUACUCCGGGAGGACAUUACGGGCCAAGUAUUUCAGUUACUUUUAUACAUUCGUCUUCAUCUGGUGGUGAUCCCCCAGGGGGCGGGGACAGUUUGUUUUGGGUUCUGGUGGGACUUAUGAAAUUAAAAG